ACGUGUUUCUAGCGUGUACACAUGCGUAUCAAUCAUGGCUCAGUUUGCAAAACAAUGUGCAAUGUUUUCUGAAGCAAAGUGUUAAACAGAAUUUAAGAAAAGACUGUUGUCAAUCGUGUAUUUUGCAGCGAUUGUUUCAAUCAUUUGUCGAAGUGGCAGCUUCAGUUUUAGUGUUCAGUUCAGUGUCGAGUCAAACUCAUUGCGAAAAUGUCGAAGUAUGUAUUCACACCAACGAAUCAAAUAAGGCUGACGAACGUGGCCGUGGUUCGCAUGAAGAAGGCUGGCAAGCGAUUCGAGAUUGCGUGCUACAAGAACAAAGUGAUGUCUUGGAGAAACAAACUAGAAAAAGAUAUUGACGAAGUACUGCAAACAAACACGAUAUUCAUCAAUGUGUCGAAGGGUCAGGUUGCAAAGAAGGAAGAUCUCCUGAAGGCUUUCGAAACUGAAGAUCAAACUGAAAUCUGCAAACAGAUCCUUGCUAAAGGUGAACUUCAGGUUUCCGACAAGGAGAGGCACCUGGCGCUUGAGUCUAUGUUCAAGGACAUUGCCACAACAGUUGCCAGCAAGUGUAUAAAUCCAGAGACCAAACGUCCAUAUCCAGUUACAAUGAUUGAGAAUGCUAUGAAGGACGAGAUACACUUUUCUGUUAAACCUAAUCGAAAUGCCAAGCAGCAGGCACUGGAUGUCAUCUCACAGCUGAAGGAGGUGAUGCCUUUGGAGCGCGUCCAAAUGAGGCUGAGGCUUGUCAUACCAGAAAAAGAGGCUAGAAAAUUGAAAGAUAAACUCAUCAAAUUUAUGACCAAGCUAGAAACAGAGGAGUGGGACAAUGGAUCAUUAACAAUAAUCUGCUUAAUUGAUCCAGGCCAAUACAGAGGAAUAGAUGAACUAAUACGAUCGGAGACAAAAGGAACUGGUUUAUUGGAAUUAGUCAAUUUAAAUGAGGUAGUUGAAGGAGAGGAACUCUUAACAUAAAUCAUAAAUAGGGUUCUAGACACUGUUAUUCACCAGGAGAGAAUUCGUAUUUAUUGUAAUUCUAAUUUAUAUUCUAAGUAUGUGUUGACAAUUUUGUUAUAUCUUAGCAUCUUGUUAUAUCUAAUAAAACAACCUGCAUUUGUA